GCGGCGGCGCGUCUCCAACAAGUAUACGAAAAGGCCUUACCCCAGCACCGUGUCAAAUCUUGAGUCCAGCAGAGAGGAAAUCGUCAGACGCAAUGGGAGUUCCAGCAUUCUUCCGCUGGCUGUCCAGAAAAUUCCCAAAUAUUAUAGUGCACUGCGUCGAAGAGAGAGGCCACACGGUCGACGGCAACCAGAGAGUCAACAUCGACACAAGUAAACCGAAUCCAAAUAAUGUGGAGUUCGACAACUUAUACCUCGACAUGAAUGGUAUCAUUCAUCCGUGCUGCCAUCCAGAGAACAAGCCGGCUCCGAAAAAUGAAGACGAAAUGAUGGUCGCGAUUUUUGAAUAUAUCGACCGUAUUUUCAGCAUCAUAAGACCACGGAGAUUGCUCUACAUGGCUAUUGACGGCGUUGCUCCCCGCGCGAAAAUGAACCAGCAGAGGAGUAGGAGAUUCCGCGCGUCGAAGGAAGCCGCUGAGAAAGCAGCAACCAUAAGUCGACUCCGACGAGAACUCCAGUCGAAAGGAUUCCAUCUACCCCCCGAGAAAGCUCCCGAGGACCAUUUCGAUACAAAUUGUAUCACUCCCGGAACGCCAUUCAUGGAUCGACUGGCGAAAUGUCUCCAUUACUACAUUCACGAUAGGCUGAACAAUGAUCCCGGCUGGCAAAACAUCGAGGUGAUAUUAUCCGACGCAAACGUUCCGGGAGAAGGGGAACAUAAGAUCAUGGAUUUUAUUCGCAAACAGCGCGCGAGUCCGAGCCAUGAUCCGAACACGAGGCAUUGUCUCUGUGGAGCGGAUGCCGAUCUCAUCAUGUUGGGUUUGGCCACACAUGAGCCCAAUUUUACGAUUAUCAGGGAAGAAUUCAAACCGAAUCAGCCACGCCCGUGUGAGCUCUGCGGUCAGAUAGGGCACGAGAUGAAAGACUGUAUGGGUCUUCCGAAGGAUAUUGCCUCGCAAACCAAAAUAGAGAAACCCUUGGGCGCUGAGACCGAAUUCAUCUUCAUAAGGUUGAAUGUUCUGAAAGAGUAUUUGACAAAAGAAUUGUGGAUAGAAGGGUUGCCCUUCAAGUGGUCGAUCGAGAGGGCUAUCGACGAUUGGGUGUUCCUCUGUUUCUUCGUCGGAAACGACUUUCUACCUCAUCUACCAUCCCUAGAGAUCAGGGAAGGCGCCAUAGACCGCCUUGUUCGUAUUUACAAGGAGACCAUCCAUGUCAAGAAGGACUAUCUAACUAAGAACGGCUUCGCUCAGAUGGAUCACUGUGCCAUGAUUCUGACGAAACUCGGCCAGGCAGAAGACGAAAUUUUCCGCCAGCGACAGAUUGACGAAGAGAAAUUCAAACGUCGACAGAAAGAACGGAAAGCGAUGCAGAGACAGGAGCACGCUCAGCCGGCCUAUCAUAUGGCAGGCCAAUUAGGUCCAACCGAUGUCCGCUCUGGAGGAAUGGCUAUCUCAGGUGCUAGGGAUGAAGUUCUGAGCCAACGCAGAAGUGCAAUGGAUUUCUCUAGAGGGUUACAUGGGGGGCCGGGCAUCGAAGCCAUGCUGGAACCGGAAGGCGGUGCUCAGGGGCAACCAGCGAAACGGAAGGCGGAAGAUUUAGAUGAGGAGCCAGAAGACGAAGUUCGCUUGUGGGAAGUCGGAUGGAAAGAACGCUACUACGAGAGCAAGUUUGAAGUUUCACCCGAGAAUCAAUCAUUCCGACACGAAGUCGCUGCGGCAUACGCCGAAGGGCUAUGCUGGGUCCUUCAUUACUACUACCAAGGAUGUGCAUCUUGGAAAUGGUUCUUUCCGUAUCAUUACGCGCCGUUUGCUUCGGAUUUCUCGGAGAUCGGCACCCUGAAAAUAAGCUUCGAAAAGAACACGAAACCCUUCAACCCCAUGGAGCAACUGAUGAGUGUAUUCCCAGCUGCCAGCCGACAACAUCUCCCGGAGCCAUGGGGGGACCUGAUGGAGGACCCCGAGAGUCCGAUCAUCGAUUUCUACCCCAUCGAUUUCAGAAUCGACCUCAAUGGCAAGAAAGCCGCCUGGAUGGGCGUAGCGCUCUUACCCUUCGUCGAUGAGAAACGUCUGCUAGAAACAGUGGCUACCGUUUACGAUCGAUUGACACCGGAGGAGAAGCGGAGAAAUUCGCGCGGAGACAGUUAUAUUUUCAUCCGGAAAAACCAUCCCGGGUAUCCGUUCCUGCGCGGACUGUAUGAGAAUAAAUCUCAAAGGAAGUUGAAUGAUGAGAACGUUCAACCCAUCGAUCCCGAGAGCUUCUUCGGAAUGGCAGGAAAUGCUCUGACUACGGAUAAGAUGGUGCCUGAGAAAGAGAAAGUAUUGAGUCCCGUGAAGGGAUGUCAGCCUUGCCCGAACAAUAUGGUCGUGGUGACCCGGUGGCGGGAUCCCAUCUUCGAGCCGGACUUCAUCUAUCCCGCGACAAAGCUGCCCGGGGCGAUAGAGCCUGAAAAGGUUCUUAGGCCCGAGGAUCUCGUCGGAGAUCAAAGUCGACAAUGGAGACCCCAAGUUGGAAUGGCGAGGAAUACGCAGAGAGCCUCUUUGGGGGCCAGCGGUCACCGGAUGAUCAAUCACCAUGCGGCAAUUCCACCGCCGAGUCACGGUGGCUGGCAGCGAGGCUGUGCUCCUCAACGUGGAAACUUCAACCAAGGCUAUCAGAGAGACUCGUACGGGCAAGGUUAUGACGGUUAUAAUAACUACAGCACCCAUAGCAACCCGCAGAGAUCUUAUCAAGAUAGAGGCAGAUAUGGACAGCAGUACGACAGAUCCUCAUACGGAUCCUCGAAUAGGAACUCUUACAAUGCUCCACCUGAGAGGAACUCCUACGGAAGUGCCGGCGGUGGUUCCUAUGGAUCUUCUCGCGGUAGAGGUUCAUACGGACCGCCGGGGGAUAGACCAGCGCCUGGUCCUCGUUUGGGGUACGGACCUCCGAGAGGAGGAGCUCGUGGUGCCGGUGGCGGAGGGGGGAACUACUAUAGGAGAGACUGCUACUAGGAUGUAGCAGGGGUUAUCUAAUUGCUCAAUGAGAUGACUCAGUACUUGACAACUCAAAAUUGUUCAAUCGAAUGUGUAAAUUAACAAAA